UAUCGGCAAUCUCGAUUUUACUCUCUUUUUCGCAGAGUCGCGACAAGUGCCGAAAGUAUACUUAUAAAUUGUGUACAUCGUGUAGUACAAAACCCGCGUCAGGAGCAGCCUCGUGCAGGAAAAAAGUAAUUUCGGGCCGAGUAGCGGAGCGCCGAUGGAGUGACUCAAUAUGUCGACCAGUUUCAGCGUCUCGUUGGUGCUGCUGGCGUGCGGCUGGGCGAUUACUGCCGAUGCCACGCAGAACUUCUUCAGCGACAAGAAAGAGACGCACUUCGAUCUGAUGGAGGCGGCCGUGUCGCUGAUAGACGAUAAGAACCACUACAUAACCGACGGAUACGACGGCUUCCCGUCUUUUGGCUUCCGGCUCGGCUCCGAGGUCAAACAGCCCUACCGGAUGUACCUGCCGGAGAAGCUGCCCGCCGAGUUCACCCUCGUCGCCUCGUUCAAACCCCUGUCGGUCAGGAACAGCUAUCUGUUCGCGGUGCUCAAUCCCUUUGAGACUGUCGUCCAGCUGGGCAUCCGUAUCUCCGAGGGACCUGCAUCGUCCAACCAAAACAUAUCGCUGGUCUACACGAACUCUGAUCUGCACUCCUUCUCUGACGAGAUAGCAAAGUUCACUGUGCCAAAAAUCGUAAAAAAAUGGACCCGAAUGGUCAUUCGCGUCACCGCGAAUGAGGUCAUUCUCUACCUGAAUUGCCACGAAAUGGCACGUCAGCGUGUAACUCGUAUUCCGCAGGAACUCGUCUUCGACACCGCCAGCACGCUGUACAUAGCUCAGGCUGGACCUCACAUUCAGGAAAAAUAUGACGGCCUGCUGCAGACGCUCAAGCUUCACGCCGGCUACCCUCAGGAUCUCGUCAAGUGCAACAACGACUUUGACUUUCUGUCAGGCGAUGGCUCGGGAGACGACGACCCGAUGAGUGGCUCGGGAGACGAGUUCAAUUUCGACGAGGCACCCCUCGUCACAGGAGACGAUGAGAUCGAUAGCGAAGAAGUGAAGCCUCCACCGCCCAUAACGCCACCUCCACCAAGUCAAACCAGCAAGGACUUGAUGAAAGGAGAGAAAGGCGAAAAAGGCGAGAAAGGCGAGAGCGUGAGAGGACCACCGGGACCGCCGGGCAAAGGCUACGAGCUUAACGACGAGGAGUGGACGGCGAGGCUGCCCAAGGGACCACCAGGACCAAAGGGCGAUCCAGGCGACUGCAGUUGCAACGCGUCAACUCUGCUGACGUCCUUCACGAACCCGAAAAUCAUCCAGGGCCAGAAAGGCGAGCCCGGAGAAGCCGGCAUGCAAGGCACAGAGGGCAAGCAGGGCCCACUUGGGCUGACGGGAGCUGCAGGACCUCCUGGCGAGCGUGGCCAACCUGGGCCUCACGGGCCAAAGGGAGACAAAGGGGAACUUGGAAUGACUGGGCCUGAAGGUCCCCAAGGACAAAAAGGAGAGCCAGGAAAGGAUGGAGCUGCCGGGGAGAAGGGAGCCAUGGGCCCGCCCGGGCCUCCUGGAAAGGGAGAGUUUGCCGGCUAUGACCCGAGCUGGAAGCCCCGAGCUAUCUACAGGACGGACGGCUACACCAUGCGCCCUGGCUUGCCUGGGCAGAAGGGCGAUGAGGGCAAGCCCGGUCAUCCUGGUCAGAAAGGGGAGCAAGGAGUGCACGGGUCCAAGGGUACCAAGGGAGAACCUGGACACAAGGGCUCGAAGGGUGACCACGGCAGGGAAGGUUCACGUGGUCAUCAAGGGAUGAAAGGUGAGCCCGGGGCUCCCGGGACUCCUGGGUUGCCUGGAGCCACAGGUGAAGUUGGCCGUGCAGGUGAUAAGGGAGCUAAAGGAGACAUUGGGCCGGAGGGCAAGAGCGGACCCGCUGGGCCUCCAGGACCUCCUGGAAUUGGCGGCAUCAGUAUCGGUGAAGACGGUAGUAGCAUCGCGAGAGGUGACAAGGGUGAUCCUGGAGAACGUGGUUACAAAGGAGACAUUGGUUUUAAGGGUGAGAAAGGAGAUACUGGCCACGCAGGACCAGCUGGAGUGCCUGGAGUUAACGGUAUUCAGGGGCCUCAAGGUGACAAAGGCGAGCCUGGAAAGGACGGUGUGCCCGGGAUUCCUGGCGUACCAGGGUUAAAGGGUGAGCGGGGUGAUCGCGGGCCACCCGGGGCUGUGUCGAUAGCCAGCGCAGGUGAUUACGUGACGAUCAAAGGUGAAAAGGGCGAUGAAGGAAAGAGAGGCCGCAGAGGAAAGACCGGACCCCAGGGGCCUCCCGGACCACCCGGUACCAUCGGCGACAUUGGACUGCCAGGGUGGACGAAUUCCAUGAAGGGUCGGCCAGGAAAUCCCGGAGUACCUGGAAGUCCAGGACCCAAGGGAGACCGGGGGGAGGACGGUCUGCCCGGAACCGCCGGUCGCGACGGCCAGAGAGGCCCUCCCGGACCCCCGGGGCCCCCUGCCCAAGGCACCUACAUACCAGUACCAGGACCCCCAGGGCCUCCGGGACCUCCUGGUCCAGGAAUCGGCAAGGCGCAUAUAUACGGAGAACGCGACUUUUACGGUUCCAGACAAGGACUGAGGAGCAACGUCGACGAGUUAAACGCCCUGCGCGAGCUCAAGCAGCUGAAGGAACUUAAAGAGCAGCUGGGUUCCAAUGUGGCAGCGACGAGGGGGCCUUUAGAGACUACAACGAAAAUCGUACCGGGCGCAGUGACAUUUAAAAAUACGGAAGCGAUGACCAAGAUGUCUGCUGUGAGUCCCGUAGGAACACUCGCCUACAUCAUAGACGAGCAAGCGUUGCUAGUUAGAGUCAACAACGGCUGGCAGUAUAUUCCGUUGGGCACGCUAUUGCCGAUCACGACGCCCGUACCGCCAACGACCGUCUCCCUGCCGGUUAAUCCGCCAUUCGAGGCCUCUAAUCUGAUCAAUCAGAUUCCAAUAAAGGCAGACGGCACGAGCUGGUCACCGAAAAUGCUACGACUGGCCGCGCUGAACGAGCCGGUGAGCGGCGACAUGCACGGCACCCGGGGAGCCGACUACAACUGCUACAGGCAAGCCAAACGCGCCGGCUUCCGCUCUACCUUCCGCGCUUUCCUCAGCUCGCGCGUCCAAAACGUCGACAGCAUCGUCCGGCUGACCGAUCGCGACCUACCGAUCGUCAACAUAAAGGGCGACGUGCUCUUCAACUCGUGGAAGGAGAUGUUCAACGGCAACGGGGCCCACUUCUCCCAAAACCCGCGGAUCUACAGCUUCAACGGGAAAAACAUCCUCACCGACUACACGUGGCCGGAGAAGGUCAUCUGGCACGGGUCGCACGCGCUGGGCGACCGGGCGAUGGACACGUACUGCGACGCCUGGCACUCGGGCAGCGCGGACAGGUACGGGCUCGGCUCGCCCUUGACCAGCGGUAGACUGCUCGAGCAGCUGCGCUACUCCUGCGACAACAAGCUCACCCUCCUUUGCAUCGAAGUCUCGAGCGAGCCGAGCAAGCGACGCCGACGCCGGCGCUCCUUAGAGGAGGACGAGGACGAGGAGGUGCUCAGCGAGGACGAGUACGCCGAGCAGCUGCGCCAACUGUCCAGGGACCCGCAACUGUGAAUUAAUUACAACUGCCGCGCCUGUCUUACGCAUCAGGUGUAAACCAACAGCGAGUCGGUUGUUGCUUCUUUUUCACUGGUGCUCGCUAAUAUCAUCUUCAACUUUUCGUUUGUCCCUUGCUUUUGAGAUGGCGAGUCUUGGAAAUAAUGCCACGCGAACGGUCAAUUGGUUUUUUUUUUAAGAUCCGAGGGAAAUCGCUCGGGUCAACGUUUUUUGGGUAUACGAUAACAAUAUUUUUUCAUCCGUUUUACAUAUCACUUGGAGACUGAUCGCUGUACGUGUUAAGGAACUCUUAAUUGUGUUUGUCCACUUGCGUGCAUGGGGAUACGUUAAGAUUGAAAAAUGGUGGGGUUUUUUUUUGUUUUUUUUUUUUAGUUACAGCGAAGCAAACGAUUUUCGAACCACUGCCGACUAUAGGUAUGUACAUUGAUAAGAAAUAGCGUGGAUGCCAAGGAAAAAAUUUUAUAAAUGCGAUUUUUAAUAGUAUUACGGUGAAAUGAACGACACCUUGUGAAUUUAGAAUUGCGUGGGGCUUGCGUCGUCUCGCAAUGUGUUUCUCUCGUCACGAUAAACGUCCAGUACUUAGCACUACAGCCGUAACGAAAAAAUCAAUUGCAAGUGAAAGAAAAAUAAAUAAAAUAAAAUAAUGUUUGAGAGAAACGUAUGAAAAUAAAUCGAGUCUUGCCUCCUUUUUCCCAUCUCCACAAACACAUAGCCGUAAUGUCUAGCAAAUAGUUGCCAUCUUCAAACCUAGAUAGCUGAAGCGGGUAUCCUGGACAAAAAGAGCGCGCGAUUUCAACGAAUUAGAUUCCCCCUGAGUUUCUUAAAAAGUCACACGAAUAGGUACUAUUAUAUCGAAC